ACUUACAAUCCAUCCAUCUACCCAUCAACGAUUCCAGCAACUUCGUUCAGUCUUGUCAACAACACAUAUACACAUCACCAAACGAGAUAGCCAAAAUGACCGUAAACAUUAGCUCUUCGAAUGAGUGGCAGCGCAUAUUAGGGUCUUCGACCAUCGUAGUCACAGACUUCUACGCCGACUGGUGCGCUCCUUGCAAAAUGAUCGCGCCUACCUUCGAGUCGCUAGCGACGAAAUAUUCCAAGCCUGGCAAGAUCACCUUCUGCAAAGUCAACGUCGAUAACCAACAAUCCAUCGCUCAGAGCCAUGGCGUGCGCGCGAUGCCGACCUUCCUCAUCUUCAAGAACGGAUCUGUGAUCGAAACGAUCCAGGGCGCGAACCCCCCAGCCCUGACUUCCGCCGUCGAAAAGGCCGUCAAGUUGGCCACCGUGAGCGUACCGGGCGCAUCUUUCACUACACCCGGAAGAACACUGGGAGGUGGCUUACCUUCUUCUGGCACACCGGCGAGGCGAGGUGGUCAGUCGCUAGGCGGUCAGCCGUGGAAGUUCAGUCCUUUCAAUAUCAUCAACACUGUUCUCACAUUCUUCGGACUUUACUUCGUAUCACUCUUCUCAUUUGAUCCCUAUAAAGCGGCUGAAAGGUCGCAAUUCAACCUUAACAAUCCGAGGGCACCGCCGGCACCGAUCGAUGUUAAGGGGCAGAAAGUUGGCGGACAAGGCGGUUCUGCUCGGCCUAGUGGGGGGGUUAGGACAUUGGCCGAUCUUAGUAAGUAAACGUGGGAGACGUGGUAAAUGUGAAGAUUGCUUGAUCUUAUAAUUAUGUCAAGUACUUAAUGUAGGUCGCCUGGGGAUGUAACUUAGCAGCCUAAUUGAGUUUUCAGACGGAUUACAUUUUUCUGUCAAGAAUAAUAAUACCUUUCUCUUAUCCUAGAUUACCUAUGUAGGUAGGCUUUGUUAGUUUAUCGGUUUUACAUAGGUAAGCUAGUGCAUUACUUUCCCAUUGGAUUGUCGAAUGCCUUUGAUAGCUGCAUGGUAGGAACCUUAAAUCUAUGAGCUGCGUUAGAGCAUGCGGGCUAUGGGUCUACUGCGGGGUGGCAUUCUAAUACCCGUCUUUUAAGUGGAUGGAACUUUUCAAUGUACAUGAGCUAGUCUAAAAUUUCC